UAGAGGGACACAGAGCCCAGACUUACAACUGUCCCAGCUGCGUGCGGCGGCGACAUGGGCGCCAGGAGACUCCGGGUCAGAAGCCGGAGGAGCCGGGACAGCCCCGUACCCACCCAAUGCAAUCAGACCGAGUGUUUCGACCCUCUGGUGCGAAACUGCGUAUCCUGUGAGCUCUUCCACACGCCGGACACUGGACAUACAAGCAGCCUGGAGCCAGGGACAGCUCUCCAGCCUCAGGAGGGCUCCGGGCUGAGACCCGACGUGGCGCUGCUUUUCGGUGCCCCCGCACUCCUGGGACUGGUACUGGCGCUGACCCUGGUGGGUCUGGUGAGUCUGGUGAGCUGGAGGUGGCGGCAACAGCUCAGGAUGACCUCCCCGGACACUUCAGAAGGAGUCCAGCAAGAGUCCCUGGAAAAUGUCAUUGUGCCCUCCUCAGAAACCCUUCACGCCUCAGCUCCUACCUGGCCUCCACUCAAAGAAGAUGCAGACAGUGCCCUUCCGUGCCACAGCUUCCCAGUGCCGGCCACAGAACUGGGCUCCACUGAGCUGGUGACCACUAAGACAGCUGGCCCUGAACAGUAGCAGCAGUGGAUUGGCUGGAAGCCAGGGAUCCCUACUGGGCUUGUGAACUUUCACCCAACAGCUUGGAAAAGAACUCGGCCCUUCGGGUGAUGGAGACCUUUGCCUGGGGGUGAACCCAGCAGAACCAGACACUACAGGCCACAUGAGAUUGUUUCUGUGUUAGCUUUUGACUUGAGAACAGUCCGUUUUUGAGAUGGUUUUUAAGCCCGUGUGCCUUCAGAUGGUUGGAUUAGGCUUGAGGGUUGAAUAUUAAUCUCUGUAACAAGGCAGAGACUGGAAACUUAAUCUCUUUCUAAAAAUUUUGGAUGGUGGAGUGGAGCCAUGGCUCAGCAGUUCAGUUUAUGUGCUGUGCUAGCAGGGGACUCCAGUUUUCUGGCAUCCCAGCACUCAUAUCAGGCAGCCUAAAACCACCUGUAACUCCAGCCCCAAGAGCAUCCUUGCCUCUAAAGGCACCAGCGCUCAUUUGCUCCAGUGUAUACAAAUACAGACACACACAGAGACACACACACAUAUA